AUGCAAGUCAAUACUAGGAAAAGUCAUUGGGAAACGAAAAGAGUAUUUUUUGCUACUCCUCAAGUUAUCUACAAUGAUAUCAAGUCUGGAACAUGUCCUGGAGAUAAAAUAAGGUGUCUCGUGAUAGAUGAAGCUCACAAAGCGAAGGGGAAUUAUGCAUACAGUAGUAUCAUCAAAACUUUAACCGAAAUGGGUUACUUUAUAUAUAGAGUGCUGGCACUUUCAGCAACACCUGGUAAUAAGGUUGAAGAUGUUAUACAUAUAGUUAAACAUCUACAUAUAUCUCGUCUAGAACUAAGAACAGAGAACUGUUUGGAUGUGAAGGCUUACAGUCAUGUGAGGAACAUUAACACAGUAGUUGUUGAACUCGGACAUGAAUUAACGAAGCUUAGGGAACAAUAUGUGGAGAUCCUAGACGGAUAUACAAGGAAGUUAACGAAAUUCAAUAUAAUACAGAACCUGGGUAAUCUAUCUAAAGGUCGGAUUGUUAUGUUGUACAAGGAGUUUCAAAAUAGGGAACGUGCUGCGAGACACCCACAGCAUAGCUAUAUAAUGCGAACAUUCACACUUCUAAUAACUCUAUACCAUGGGUUAGAGCUAUUAGUGAAGCACGGCUCGAGAGUGUUCUUAAACUUCUUCGACGAACAUCCAGAGAAGACUUGGGUACACGAAGAUAAUGAACUGACGAGUUUCUUUGAUAAACUCAGAGAUAAACUAGGAGUUAAUCCACUUGACCUUGAUAAAAGUGUUCUGCCUGACGGAACAGUUCCAGAGGUGCCAUCUAACUUAAAUUUCGGUCAUCCAAAAUUUGAUAAGCUUAAAGAGAUCAUAAUGAGACAUUUUGAUACAGCCAAGAAUAAGGGUCAAGUCACAAAAGCGAUCGUGUUCUGUGAGUAUAGAGAGAGUGUGAACUUGGUUUACUGCCUGCUUCUUCAGUGUCGACCGACUAUAGUGCCGGAGAUGUUUGUAGGACACGGCGCCUCUGGUAAAGACGGUAAAACAGUAAUAUCUCAGAAGCAACAGUUGCGUGUGAUGCGUAACUUCAGGUCGGGUGUUUGUAACACGCUCGUGUGUACGUGUGUGGCCGAAGAAGGGUUGGACGUGGGUUCAGUGGACCUCAUACUGUGCUUCGACGUGUCCACGAGGUCGCCGAUACGACUGGUGCAAAGGUGUGGUCGGACGGGUCGAGAACGAAGCGGUCAAGUGUUCAUUCUGGUCACUGAAGGCAGAGAACAUAGUACUCUAUUAGAUUGUAUACGACAAAACGAUGGCUUGAACCAGAAGAUACUGAUGUCCGAGGAAGUUAAGAAAAGUUUGUAUAAAUCCAAUCCGCGCAUGAUACCGACAGGUUUCAUGCCGGAGUGUCAGAAAAUGUUUAUAACUGUCGCUAAAAAGGAACCCAAAGAUAAACCUAAAGAUAUUAAAGAAAAGUCAAAAGGAAUUAAAGAAAAAGCAAAGGACAAACUCUUGAAGGGUCAAAAAGAUUUAAGGAGCAUGUUAAUGAAUAAAGGUACGACUUCGAAAACACAACGAGACGAUACAAGUGAAUGUAGAGAAAUGAUUUCUAAACAAGAAUUUGAUGUGUUGUUCCCUGAAGGAUACGAAGAUAGCAAUGUGUUUAAACAACCCAACGACUGUUGGGCAUUGAACGAGUUUUUGAAAGACAAUAAUAAUAUCGAAGCAAAAGUAAAGCCGUCGCCACAGUGGGAACCACAGAAAGUAUUACAAAAUACUUUCAAAGUGAAAAAUUCGUCAGAUACUAAAAUGUUAAUAGAAUUAUUUCAACAAACUAAAAACACACCAAUAACAAAGUCACCGGUCAAAAAAGACGGUGACAUUCGUGUUCUAUUCAGUAAAUGUACGAAAUCUAUAAAGAAUUACACGAAAUCUGUCAACGAGUUGGGUAUUAAUAGUAAUUCAAAUAUAUCAAAUGACAUCCUAAACUUAUUAGUCGAUCUGAGUCUAGAGAACAAAAACAUAGAAAAACGUUGUUACGUAUGCAGUAUUAUUUGUAAAUGUUCAGGAUUUAUAAAGAAAGCAGAUCACGGAUUCAACGAUUUGUAUUUCCAUGAACCACCCGUUUUGCCGGAUAUAGAAUUGAUUGAUUAUUUAACAAAAGAAUCUAUAAAAAAUGUAUGUGAAGAAAUAAAUACUAGAAAUAUUAGUAGCAACGAAUAUGAUGAUGAGACAAACAUUACUAAUGUUGAUGAAUACGUAAUGAAAAGUACAGAUUUUAAUGUAUCAGUUGGAAACAUGAAGGAAAGUAACGUGGAAUCAGAUGUAAAGCAAAUUGAAAUUGUAAGCCAUAAUGUAAAUUAUAGUGACGAUGAUUUAUUUGAAGGAAGUGAUUUAUUUGAUGAAAUCGAUUUCCCUACGGGGUUAUGUGAUGAACUACCUAAAGACAGUGAGCUUACAGAUAAAAGUAUGACUGAGAUAUGCUCACGUGAUACUUCUAAAAACAGUACAGAUAUAUCCGAUAAACAUUUAAAUGAACCGUUCAGUCAAAUAAACACUGAAAUAAAAUCUCAUACAGAUAUGUAUAGAGUGGAAACAAAUAAAAAUGAAAUUAAAAAUAACAGUAUGAUAAUAAAUUAUGUAAAUGAUGUCGGAAAUAAAAAUACAAAAGACCACAAUAUUAUAGAGGUAGAAGACGUUUUUGAUGAUUUCGACGAAUUUUACAACACUACGACUAAUUUAACACCACCAUUAACAUAUAAACAUGAAAACGAAUUAGAAAAAUCACCUAUUCUGAGUACAGUUAAAACUAGUAAAAUAGAAAGAGGUGAUAGAACAGUUAAUAGGUAUGAUAAAUGUGAUCAACAAGACAUGUUAGAAGUAAACGAUAUAUUUGAUGAUUUAAAUACAUCAGAACUUAUAUCAGCUAGAACAAAAUCUACAAACAAUAACAAUAAAUACUCUAAGUUAGCGAUACGAGAUACAAAUGAAGAUUUUGAAUGUAUAAUAAUUAAUAAUGAAGAUAUAACUGACAUUAACACUAAGAACUGUUUGAGUAACGAAAGUGACGCUCAUGGAUAUAUAGACACGUCAAAUGAUACAAUUACAGAGACAUCAACAGCUUUCAAUAAAACCAAUAUAAACGAUGUCCUAAAAUAUUUUCACCUCGAUAAAAUUUCUGAUAUAUUCCAAAACAACAAUAACGGCAUUCAAGAAACUAAUUGGAAAAGAAAAAAUAAUAAAUUAUCGAACGAUUUACUUGAUGUUACUGAAAUUUAUAACAAAAGUAACGAUAUAAUAGAAAUAAAGGAUGAUGGGAGUUAUGAAUUGUUCAAUGAUACAAUAUUAGAAGGUAGCCGGAGUCCGUCCUUGUUGUCUGGUAGAAGUCAAACUAUUGUCUCAUCAAGAUCGUCUUCACCUAUACUAAACACGCAAAGACCCAAAAAAAAUAACUCAAACAAACAAACUUCUCCAAUAUUAAGUAGUCAACGACGUAAAAUGUCCUUAAACAUCAACAGGAGUGAUAAAAAACUUAAUAGUCCUAUAUCGAUUGGACAGACGAGUUUAAUACAAAAAGUUAACAGCAAAUCACAAGUCGAACCUGAUCAUAGAAAAACAGUCAAAUUAGAGACAAAUAAUAAUAAGAACGACUUAUCCGAUAUUAUAAUAUUAGACAGCGAUGACGAUUGUGAAGAUGAUAAACAUGUGAAACAUAAUACAACUAAACGUAAACUUAUAGACGUUGAAUGUGAGUCGCCGUAUUUUAAGAAGAAACCAAAACUCGAAGAUAAUGGUACUAAGCCAUUAUCGAUAAAAGAAAAAGUCAUGGCUGCCUUGACCUCCCAUCAGAACCUCGAGACGUUUCAUAACGACGUACAAAUAAACUACGCACUGACAUCACCAAUAAGAGACUCGACAAAAGAAAACAAAGAUCCGUUUAAAAGUAAACUGGAAAUGUUAAAAAAGUUUCAAUAUGAUAACAAAAAUAAGUCAAAUACAGUUUUAAAGGAGACAAAACAUAAUAUUUCGUACCGAGUUAGCGAUAGUGAUGACGAUUUUGUAUCCCAAGUGCCGUAUAAAAAGAAAAUAUUAACAAAAUUAAAAAGAAAGUCCAUCAAGACCAAAACGAAAGAGGCGAAAAAACCAAGUGAGUUUUUGGACCUGGAGGCUGAGUUAUCAGAAGACGAGGACGUGAGUGAAGACGAACUGACUGACGACAGUACGGACAGCAUCAAGAACUUUAUAUGUGAUGAUAAUGUUACGAAGAACGGAGACAUACAGGCGAUGUACCUCGAGUCUAUCAAGAGUCCAGUCAAAGGUGUAUUCAAAUUACCACAACUGCCGGCCUUGAAGAAACAUGAAGUGUUUUCACAAUACGUCGAAGAAGACACUUAUGAAAUGGAUAGCUUUUGUGUAGACUCGCAUGUAGUGUAUAACGAAACACAUGAAAUGUCGGAGUUGGAAAUAGCUGAGAUGAUAUUAGAGGAAAGAAGACGAAACAGAAGAAAUAAAAAUCAAGUUGAAGAUACAGAAGGAAGUCCGGUUAUAAAGAAGAAUUGUAGAAAGAAUAAAAGACAAAUAAACAGUGAUUCAGAAGAUAGCAACUGA